CUAUGCAGGGUUGUACAGAUAUCAAGUUGGUGAUAUUCUGCGGGUGACUGGAUUCCAUAAUGCUGCUCCAACAUUCAAGUUCGUGCGGCGAAAGGGCUUAUUGCUGGACAUAUGUACAGAAAUGACCACCGAAGAGGCGCUACAGAAGGCUGUGCAGGGUGCAACGGAAUUGCUGAAACGCUACGGUGUGAUUGUGCAAGAUUACACGAGCCAUGUUGAUGUAGUUACAACACCAGGACAUUAUGUGAUAUAUUUGGAGCUGACGACGAGAGAGGGAUGGGGAUUGCCUGGUGCUGAUGUGUUGGAAAAGUGUUGUUUUGUGAUGGAGGAGGCAUUUAACAAAGGGUACAAGUACUUUAGAGUGAGUGGACGAAUUGGGCCGUUGGAGAUUAGGGCAGUGAGUGAUGGUACAUUCAAGAAGUUAAUGGAUUAUGCAGUUUCAGGAGGUGCAGCUGUCACUCAGUACAAGGUUCCUAGAUGUGUUAAGCUUCCACAUAUUCUUGAGCUGCUCAAUUCGCAGGUGAUAUCAGCACAUUUUAGUCAAGCUUGUCCUCAUUGGAGCCCUCAGCAGUCUUGGUAGCGAUCUUCUCUAAUGCUUGUGCUUCGCUUCUAAUAAAAUUGUUUUUUCUCGGUAGAAGGGAAAACACAAAACUAUUUCAUGUUACCAAUGGGGGUGUUUGUUUCAAAUCCUAUAAUUUUAGGAUAUGGAUUUUACUAUGGGAUUUGAAAUCCAUUGGUUUUUUUAA